GGCUUACGGAAACACCCAACAAACAUAACGAUAUAGUCCCACUAUACUGAGCUGCUCCGCGAAGUUCAGACAUGUCAGAAGAUUCCAAAGCCAUCACCAAGGCUCUCGAGAGCGUCUUGGUCCAGCUGCGCCAAAAUCCGUACCCUCAUGUGCCCAAUCCCGAAGGAUCACGGAAACGAGCCAGCGUCGCAGCCAUAAUCCGCGUGCGCCCGGCGUUCACCCCAGUCCCUCCGUCCCACGGCUCGGUCAUUGCGGUCGACCAACCCCAAGCCUCCCCUCCGUCGUCCAUAGAAGAAUUCUUCUCACAGGACUGGGUGCAAGAUGGCGACCCGGAACUCUUGUUCAUCAAGCGCGCCGGUCGCGCCGGCGACAAGUGGUCGGGACACACGGCGCUCCCUGGGGGCAAGAGAGACCCCGAGGACGCGGACGACCUCGCGGCGGCGAUACGAGAGACAAGGGAAGAGAUCGGGCUGGACCUGGAAACGGCGCACUGCCUCCACGCGGGCAACCUCCCGGAGCGGUUGGUCUCGUCGUCCUGGAGCAAAGAGGUCCUGAUGGUCCUGUGCCCCUACGUGUUCCUGUUGACGGGCAAGACGGUGCCCGCGGUCCAGCCCCAGCCGACCGAGGUCGCGUCGGUCCACUGGGUCUCCCUGCGCGCCUUGCUGUCGCCGACCCUGCGGACCAGAGAAUCGGUCGACAUCUCCAGCCGGAUGGCCAGGCACGUCGGCCCCGUCGUGCACAAGUUGAUCCGUUGGACCAUGGGCAAGAUGAUGUUCAGCGCCGUCAGGCUCCUCCCGACGGAGUCCGUCUACGCCAGCUCCAUACCGGGUUUCAUCCCGACGGAGGGUGGUGACCACCUGUCCACCGUGUCCGGUUGGGCACAGGCGCCCUUCGGCGUCCCGUCGUCCUCGCAGUCCCUGGGUUACCAACAACCGAUCCUCCUGUGGGGGUUGACCUUGGGCGUCCUCGCCGACUUUCUCGACAUGCUCCCGCCCUACAACGCCGUCAAACUGUGGAAGUACCCUACCUUCACGGUCCCCGACCUGCGUCUCAUCGUCUGGGCCCUCACGCGUUCGUUCAGGAAGAACUCGGCAGAGACCUUUUCAUCCGGGUCGUGGCCCGGCCACAGAAGGCGACCGAGCCAGACGGCCAUCGACGCCAACACGCAGGCACUGGCGGUGCCUACUUCCGAACCUGAACCUGUUGGUGGUGGUGGUGUCGUCACCGCAGAAGUACCGCUGGGUCUCAGAAAACCCCGGCCUUCGUUCGACAAGAACCGCGUCGGCAUCGGAGGCUUAGGCGUGGGCAAGGAUCCGCAACACGCCGUGGGUAAGCUGUUGCACGGUUAUUACGAGCGUGUGAAUGUUGCCAUUGCCAUUUUCCUGACCUAUCGUGCCUUGACCACGGUCGGAAUCGUGUAUUGGGCCUACAAGUUUUGGAAGAGGCGGACAGGUGCAAAUCUUUGAUUUCUAUGUGCGUGCGUUAGGGAUACGCUGUUCUGAAUAUUGGGGGUUUAGACUGAAAUGUGUUUGGGAAAAAAUUGCCAGUUUGUGGAAGAGAUGGACCAGCAUCAAACCGUUGAUCAGAUUGUAUGGGUACAAUAAACAAGACAUGUUUGGGGGUCUCAAUCGAAAACAAGUACACACUUUGCCGAAGAGAUGGAGCAGAGAACCAGUACAAGAACCAUUUAUCAGACGGUAUAAUAUACAUGAUCGUCACCAAGAGGAAGUUAUCGACUUGCUAGGAAAGAAUUAUUGGUUCAGAGGGCAAAGCGUUCACGUAUCACGAAGAGUGUCAUCUCCUUUGUCUCUCUUCAUCUCUCAUCUUUCUCGCCCGUGGCGAGCACUACCUCGUCAUAAGGUUGUCACUAAACAAUCUUACGAAUCAGUCUCCAUACCUCGUUAGACCCCUUAAUGAUCACAAUACCGCCCUUAUCAGGGUAUCAACAAGAUUCUCAUUUCGACAAAAAGACAGACAUGGCAUUCCUGGGUACCUGACCUAUGCUCCGAAGACUGGAGCGAAACAUUCGUUGCGAGAUAAAUAGAUUCCAUACUCUGUGUGAGACCUCAAAUAUAAAUCACUCGCAUCUCUCCAC